GGACCACUAAAGCGCCCAUUUUCAUGAGCACCUCUCACUAAGGCAGCUCAGAGCCGGCAGAGGCUGAGAGAGGAAGAGGGUGGGAGAGAGGGAGGAAGGAGCGAGCACCGGCACUGAUGGACGAGCCAAAGGUCACAGGUACCAAACCAAAGAUGUCCCGGACAAGGAAGAUUCUACUCAUCCUGGGAUUCUUCUCUGCUUUGGCUGUAAUUGCUUUAAUUGCUGUAGCAGUGACCCAAAACAAGCCACUUCCGAAGAAUAUUAAGUAUGGGAUUGUGCUGGAUGCGGGGUCGUCCCACACUAACCUGUAUGUGUAUGAGUGGCCAGCAGAGAAGGAGAACGACACCGGGGUGGUGCAGCAGGUGGAGGUGUGUAAAGUCGAAGGCCCUGGGAUCUCAGGUUACUCCCAUGACACUGAGAAGGCAGGUCCCUCUCUGACACAGUGCCUACGACAAGCAGAAGAGGUGAUUCCCUCAAAGCAGCACCAAGAGACACCCGUCUACCUCGGAGCAACUGCCGGCAUGCGGCUUCUCAGCUUGGAGAAUAAAAGUGCAGCUGACAAAGUCUUGUCCUCAGUAGAGAAGACACUACGCUCAGCUCCCUUCAACUUCCAGGGUGCCAGAAUCAUCAGUGGUCAGGAAGAAGGAGCCUAUGGAUGGAUCACCAUUAACUACCUGCUGGGCAAUUUCAAGCAGUCUGGCUGGACAAAACUUCUACAUUCCCUGAAAUCCAUAAGUGAGACAUCAGGAGCACUAGACCUCGGAGGAGCAUCAACACAGAUUACUUUUGUACCAAAUGAAAUCUCUUCUGGGUCCCCAGACAACCUGCUCUACUUCCGUCUCUAUGGCAAGGCUUACCAAGUAUACACGCACAGCUUUCUCUGCUAUGGGAAGGACCAGGCUCUGCAACAGAAACUGGCCAGGGACCUACAGACCGUGGACAACAGCAGCCUCCUUGAUCCAUGCUUUCACAAGGGGUAUCAGAGGACUAUAAAUAUAAGUGACCUCUUCAAAACUCCUUGUACAUCAGCCAAGAAAAAGGAAUUCCCUUUCAGCCAGCUGUACUUACAGGGAGGGGGUGAUUAUCAAACGUGCCGAAGAAACAUCCAGAAACUCUUUAACAAAACCAGUUGUCCUUACUCCAGUUGCUCCUUCAAUGGCAUAUACCUACCUCCAUUACAAGGGGAUUUUGGGGCUUUUUCUGCUUUCUACUUUGUGAUGAACUUUCUGAACCUGACCAGUGAACAAAGCCCCGUUGCCCUGGACAAAGUGGCCAGCGCCAUUCAGAGCUUCUGUGCCCGGCCUUGGCAUGAGGUGAAGACAGCGUAUCACCAAAUAAAAGAAAAGUACCUGAGUGAAUAUUGCUUUUCUGGAGCCUAUAUCAUCUCUCUCCUGGAAAAUGGCUACGAAUUCACUGAAGAGAACUGGCAAACGAUCCACUUCCUUGGAAAGAUCGGCAGCAGCGAUGCGGGCUGGACCCUGGGCUACAUGCUGAACCUGACCAACAUGAUCCCCGCAGAGGGGCCCGCUCUGCCCCCUCUUUCCCACGGCAGCUACGUGGGGCUGAUGGUGCUGUGCUCCCUCGUGCUGGCAUCCGUGAUCCUGUUUGCCUGGCUUCUCUUCCACAAGCCCAAGUGCCUGCAGAAGGGGAUUGUUUAGGAAAAACCUUGGGGGGAGAGGGGCCAUGUCACCCUGUCCAUUCAGGGCUAGGAGACCCCGGCACAGCAGAGCCCCUCUCACCUCUCACUGAAGCUACUGACUCUGUAGAACAAGGGCAUUUAUUUCUUCUGACUCACACUUGCACUGACAGACGUUGGGACAUCAGGCUUGCCACCUCUCUCUGCCAAGGACAGACAAGCAGGUGUCCCCUCCUUGAAUGGGUCGUACUUUCAUUCAAUGAAACUUUGCUGCUUGUUGGUCUUUGCCUUGUGGACAGCAUUAUAAAGAGAAAAGCGGCAGCAAUCUUUGGGAGCCGGUGCUCCUGCAAGGGUAAUCUCAGGGUCACACAUCCCACUGAGCUCUUGGGAGCGAUCACACACAGGGUGAUCCUGCUAUUCCUCUGCUGAAGCUGUUCCCGAGAGCCCUUCCUGCAGGGAAACUGUACCAGCACACCUUUGCUCGCCUCCCCACACCCUGAGCCCUCGCAGCCAUACAGCUGGGUAUGGCCACCUGCACCUGGCUGGUCCCCAAAGGCUGGCCAGGCUCCCAAAUGCCACUCUGGAACAAGAAGGGAUAAGGAUGAAGAAACUGAGCGUGCUGGUGGUCAUCAGCCCUUAGCUGGGCAAUGGUGGCUGUCUGCUCCUUUCGCAAGUGGCAAGAAGCCUCUUUCCCACGUCUUCCUGAUGUUGUUGCUGGACCAAAGCUGGCUCGCUGUUAUGCUGAGCCUUUUCCAUGUCCCUAGGGUACAUCAAGACACGAGUUCCCAGCCAAGCAUUGCUGAUUUUUGUAGGAACAGCUCAUAUUGGCCAAGGAUCCUUGACCAAUAGCGAGUGCUUAUGCCUACAGAGACUCUGGUGUGAUUAGCGUGCCUACAGGUAUACACCCACUAAAGCAAUCCAGCAUCACUGUGCUGAUCAUACAGCAGCCUCUAAUCUAGGGAAAAUGUUGAUUAGGUCAUGUUUCUUUAUAAAUAGACAGCUGGCAGCAGUUAACAAGCAUGAGAAUGCACAGAUUUAACCACUCUUUCCACCAGCAAAAUCAGUGAAAAUUUGCCUUUCCUUCCCUCAUGGCUUAGGCUUAUCCCAUGAGCAUAAGACACAGGGCUUGUGAGUACACAUACUGAAGCCCAUCUUCUAGCACACAACUAGGGUGAUGCCACUGAUCAGGUUUACGAAUUGCUUGCUUCCAUUUUCCAUUCCCUGGUCCAAAAAAGAAGAGAGGUAAGUCAGAAACCAAUUUUUAUAAAACACUUAGAAACCACUGAUGCCUGUCUACCUCCCAUGAAAUCUCAGAAAUCUCUUCUCCUAAUGACCUGUAAGUGCUGGAGGCCAAAAGAAAGCAGAUGUUGUGGAGAGAAAGGCAUGGCAUACACACACCUUCACCUGUUUUCCCAAGUAAAGCUGUAGAAGGCAUGGAGGGGAUCAGGAUGUGCAACCCCAAAAGCGCCUUCUCCUUUAGGCAAGCACAGACAUGGAGCUCGGGGUUUUCAUGCUCUCCCAGCCUGUCCCUCUGCACAGUGCAGGCUGGACAAUGUGCCCCAGUUAUUUCUACUUCAUGUCUGGAAGUAGGAGCAUUGAAGGACCUAAAGGUAAGGGAAAAAUCUACCCUGUCUUGUGGUAAGAUCUUUGGGCAGUUCAUUGUUCUUCCAAAAAUCUGUGUCUUAUUUUUGCUCUGCAUUAGCUGGCUUCAGUUUCUGUUGGAUCUUGUUCUGCCCAUUUCAGAAAAACUGAGUAACUCUAUCAAAAUCCCUUUUUCCUUGUUGGUGCUUGCAAGUCAUCAUUGUAUCAUAUUAAAUAGUUUGAUCUUCAAUCUGCAAAGCACUCUGUGCUGACCUCACUCGUAGCUCUUGACUCCACUUGACUAACUUUGAAAAUUUUUACGUCUUUCUGAAACUUGGACACCAAAAUUUUCAGCAGUGAGUGGUAGUAGAUUCCCUAAUAACGUAUAUAAAAAUAACACCCUUUGGUUUUGAUCUAUACUUUAUGUUCCCCAUUUGUAUAUCUCAGGGUCAGGUCAGCUCACUUAAGAGAAAUUUUGGGGGGUUUUUUGUCCAGUUGGAAUACUGCAACUUGGCCUUUUUUUCCAGUCAUUGUAUUCCAGAAUGGCCACUGUCUCACACUGUUCAUCACUGUCUCUUAACAUGAGCCACUUUGCCUUCCAUGUGGCUCCACUUAAACACAUACCAUUCAAAGAAUAUUCCCCCAAGCCAGUGAUCCAGGUCAACCUGCAAAUGACUGUUUGUCCAUUGACCAGUUUUUGUUUUAUCUGCAAAUACAAUGAGAUGUUGAAAUUCAUCUAGAGAUGGAGUCUUCCUUCUGUUAUUUUCAGCAAAGAUAGGUAGAUGAGAGAUUAACAGUAGUUCUUGGUCACAGCUGGAAGGUAUGCAGGAGGAGCAUGUGAUCAGAGCUGCAUUGGGUCCCCAGUCAGCCCCACUUGCAGCACACCCUGUCCCGUGCCACCUUCCUUGCAUAUGGAGUCUUCAUAGCAAAGCAGGUGCCCCGGAGAAGCUCCCCAAGUGAGCUGGUGCACCCUUCCUCCCCAUGAACAGUGUGGAAACCUGCAGGAUGAUAAUUCCCCUCCUGAGACCUCGGGAAUCUGACAGCUGCCUAGUUGUGUCCACGAUGCAGGAACUGGCAGAUCCAUUGGGACAUUUCAGAAAUUGAUGCAGAAACCAUGUGUGGAAGUUGGUGUGGAGAGAAAGCCUGUGCCAGUCUGCUCUUCUGGUCCCUGCUAAGGGGUUAUGCCAAAGGAAAAGGUCAAAUACGGAACCUGGGAGAAGAGCUUUAGCAAUGUUUUGUAUCUUUAUUGCAAGUCCCAUAGCGUUAAUAUUGUUAGCUCUUGAUUCUAGAGUCAGUGAUCAGCUGGUAUCUUUGCUUACUCCCUCCUGCCUGCCUUCUCUUGUUUGGUUUGGGUUAUGGGGUUUUCUUAAAAACAUAUAAAUGUGACUUGAGUGCAACCUAAAGGCCCCAAACUAAGAUAAAUACAAAAUGUUACAUUAUUUUUAAACCUUAUGACUUUUAGACCGCAUAUAUGAGCCAAUCUCUCCAGAACUAGAAUUUCUAAGGUGACACCAGACAUGCCAUUUAAAAAUCACUUGAGCAGGCUGAGGGUCCAAGAAUUGGUUGGCUGAAGGCAUUCUAUCAGGGUGAAGCCCUUGCAUAUCACUGGCUGUAUUUGAACCUUCCCAGAAAAGCAUAUGAUUUUUUUCCCCCAUUUUUCCUGCUAUUGCAAGACUUUAUCUAUGGAGGCUACUAAAAAUCUUUCAUCAAAGAGUUCAAGUUUAAUGAACAUUCAUUUCUUUGCUUCUGUGCUGUAUCUGACCCAGCUGUAUUCAGCUCAAUUUUGUGUUCCAGAGUCGCCCAAUGCGUACAUGAAGACCAUUAAUGAUAGUGGGUGGAAUUUCCAAAUAUGUCAGUAUAAUAUGGUGUCACUUUUCUUGUUAAUGCAGUUGAUCUGCCUCACUGAUAAUUAUCUGUGCCUUAUUUCUGAUUUGAUAGCUUCUGGCUUUAAUUUCCAGCCACUGGCUUCUGUACAGUUUUGCUCUUAUGGGUUAAAGCAUCUUUUAACACCACAUGUACUUGUCUUGCAAAUAUUUAUUCACUGAUCAGCUCUGCUGGGCUGCCAAGACUCCAGACCUUGGUGUCUCCCAUUUUGCCACAGGAAGCCCUGAGAUGUGGUGCAGCAAGAUGGGAUGAGUGUCUCCGGUUUGGGUUCAAAUGUUUAGUGGUCCGUUUUUGGGAAGGUUCCUUGCAGGGGGAUUUGAUAGCUUUGUAGGGUGCGGGAGCAGCCUGGUCUCUCUGAGACUGAUGACUUCCACGAGCUCUCUCAUGUUCACCCCGGUGUCAGGUCUGAGAAUAAAACUAUCAGUGAGGCUGAGAUUUUCGGGGGUCAGAAAAGAAAGCCUGGGUGCCUGCAGCACACUCGCCUCUUGCAGAAAACCACCAGUCUCCACCACAGGCUCUAAGUGCCCUUCACUCUCCUCCCUGAUACAGCCAGCUCUCCUCUGUGCACGGGCUACAGCUGAUUUCUCUGGCCCUGCAGCAAACCACAGUGGAACCUCCACUUGGAAGAAAGCUCUCGGAAGUGGGGCCAUCACCUCUGCGGUGAGAGACUGAUUUGCAGUGUUGGUGCUGGCUGGGGCUCCUCAGCUUCUCCAAGAGCAGCUCUCAGCUGGAUGUGUGCCCCCUUCUCAUCUGUCCCAAUUCUUCCCGUGCUCUGUGCCAGGGGGUACGUGCAGGCUCUGCAGGGCUGAUGGCUGUGUCAUGGGGCUCAACAGCCUGUUCAGGAGGGGCUGGGGGACACACACGGAAGACAACAGUCCCUGCCACCCGGGCCACAUGCUUUCUUUUUGCAGCUCAACCCUGAAGAAAUGGAUCUUUGUUUUGAUGCACGCACAAAUCUCUGUAACCUUAUCUCAAUAAAGGCUUCUGAACUGA